UAUUAUUGCCUUGGAAAACGAGAACAGCAAGGGACAUACGCCAGCUUAAUGUGUGUACGAAAGGGUUCCUGUAUGUACCUCCAGUAGGGGAGAAGAUGGCGGCCAUCAGGUGGCUGAGGCCGGCGGUGCUGGCCUCCAGGACCCUCUGCGGUGGUGAAUUCAUUUUAAAACAAGCAUCAACCAAAUUACCUCUGGUGACACAAGUUAACAAAUUAAGAACUGUCUCCAAUGUUGCUACAGUAUUGAAGAGAAGUGCUCAACACCCUAAUGUACAGCAAGAAGUUGUUGUUGACACAGACAAGGCAGGAGAGGAAUUAACUAAAUAUGUAAUCCAGCAAGUGAAUAGUCAGAUUAAUGAAAACAAACAUGGGAGAUUGUUUGCAGUUGCAUUUGUGCAAGGGAAGCAGCACCUGGUCACUACAGAGGACUUGGUGGUGGUUCAGGGACUCUUCCCACCCAAUAUUGGUGAUGUCAUCAGACUAGAGAAGAUUCUUGCCGUGGGUGGACGAGAUUUUACGCUUUUUGGAAGACCACUCCUAAGCAAGGAUUUAGUCAAUAUUGAGGCAACUGUAGUGGAGAAGACACUCUCACACUGCCGCGUUUUUCACUCUUAUAAGAGGCGUGAAAAUGCGAGGAGAACAAAAUUUGGACGGCAGACACACACCAUGUUAAGAAUAAACCGCAUUGAAAUUACGCACAACAUUGAUGAAGUUCAGGCAGUGGAGGGUGUUGAUGGACGAAUAUUCUAAGUUAAGGGACAUACAAGUUGUAUAAAAUUAUUAUAAUUUUUUGUUUUCAAAUAAAUUUAUGAUUAA